AGCUACUUUUGGAACUGACAACCGUGUAAACUCCAUGACUGCCAUCUGGUAGUACAGAGCUGAUCUAUGCUGUCUACGCAGUUGAACGACCUCUCGUGUACAGCAUGCAAAGCGCGCAAGGUCCGCUGCAACCGGGUCAAGCCCCGAUGUGACCGAUGCGAGACCCGCGGUAUAGAUUGCUGUUAUCCCAAGCGCGUCAAGAGACAAACCGCGCGUGAAAAGCGCGGAAGCCUGUCCCACGGUUCCAGGAACAACACUGUCCUAAGCACCAUCCUAGGACGACUGCAGCGCUUGGAGGAGCAAAGUACCAGCAAUUAUUCCCACGGUACUCCUGAUCCUACAGCCACGAGCGCCUCCGCAGUCUCUGCUACCCCGUCGAGCCAUGUCGAUUCGGACAAGUCCCCCGUGUCAAUCUCGCCGGUAACCCGAGCCGACCCCUCAAAAAUCCUCGAAGAUGCCAUCGAUCAGAUGCGAAGGUUCAAAUUGCAGUUCUAUUCGAGACAAUUCAUAACAGGAACGAUCCACAUUCCCACUGACUUAGCAAAGCAAUGGCUCCACAACUAUUUUGCUCGUAAUUCGAAUGAUCUUUUCCGAAGUCUUGUCAACAGACAAUUGAUAGAGAUAAUACCCGACAUUAUUGAUCUUCCGCACGUUUAUUUAGAUCCUGUUGUGCUCAUACUCUAUUUUGCAAUCCUCUACAUCGGAUGUGUGUUCAAUGCGAAUAACCUACACGCGAGCCAGGUCUCCCACUAUGCCACCUCCUGCUACCUGGCGUGUCUACGAGCGCUUCCAUACUGGCAGCGAGAGGUGCAGGGCUCUACAAUGGAUUUUGUCGCAGCCUUGUUCAUGGCACAGGUUGCAUUGCUGUGCUCUGACGAUGACUUAGCCUGGCAAAUGCACCAGCACACGUGUGAUUUCGCGCGAGCCUUGAACCUGCACAAUCUCGACGGCGGCGACUACGCCGGAUUUCGAGAUGAAGCACGGUCCGACGAAGACCGACAAGGGUUUUGGCAGUUGAUUCAGAUUGAUCUUUUUAUUCGCCUGGUUUUGAACAAACCGCCUGUGAUCACAGCAGAUACAUGGAAGGUUAACCUGCCUUGGCUCAACAAUUCACAGCCUCCACCGGGUGAUAUACAUGCGACGGCAUUUAUUAUUCAUUCGCGGAUUACCUUGAUCGUAAUGCACUUCUUUGCGCUGCUAGACACUCAAGAUGGUAUGGAAAUUGAUAGAGCACAACGCUGCGCCGAAGAUCGAAGCCAUGAAAUCAAAACUCUGUUGCUCGAAUGGCAAGCCGGAGAUUGGCUCGUCGCGCCCUCUACCAACAAAGAUGACGAUUUUACUAAAAUCGACGUUGUGAUCACCGGCUACACCUUCAUCAUCUUCAUGCUCCGGAAAGUAGGCAUUAUAGGGCCACAUUUGACCAGCUCUCCAGCAGAAACACCGCAAUUCUCAUCCACACUCGUACUUGAAGCAUCGCGUCGCGUGAUUGAACUGUCUAUCGACUUAUGCUACAUGUUCCCUUAUCCGGAGGGCUUAUCGAUGGUACUGGUAUACUAUCGGAUUGAUAUUGCUACUGCGCUGCUUUAUUCUCAUGUUUUGUAUUCGACGGAUGACCCUGCUAUCGUGGAAGAUAUGGAGCGCCUUGGGAAUUUAUCAAGAUGUGUCUGUUCUAUUGCACAUGGCUGUCGCGAGCUCACGCCUAUUAGCAGGGCUGUGGAAACUCUCAACCGGAUGAUGACAGACCAGGGUGUCUCGGCUUAGAGCAUUUAUCUGGAUCCUAUCACGACCUGCACAGCAUAUUCGAGCACGACGAUAAGAAAAUCCAUUGACAUCUAAUUAUUGCGAACAUCUGCAUGA